AUGUCGAGUGCUAGAUUUACCCACCCUCGACGCAGAAAGAUAGAAUCUUCAAGCAGUGGUCGCGAAAACACCAAACUAACACCACAAGAGCAAAGUAGUUCUGCAUAUAGACUUUCAAAAGCAAAUUCUAAAUAUAAUCAAAGCAAAACAAUCGAACAAGGACUCUAUAAGACAUACAUGGAAGCAUAUUACAAAAACCAUCCAAAUGAGCAAAUAGAUAAACGUCCAGUCAAAGAAAAAUUCAAAGAUUUACAAAAGCAGUUUCAAAACACAAAUCUUGACGAAAACCAAAGGCUCAAUCUCUUAGUUCAGGAAAAAGCUCUCAAUUUAAUACAAUUUGGCGAAAACUCGCAUCAAUCUUUUCUCAGUUUUAUCAAUAUCGGCAUUUGUUACAACAGAUUGAACAAGCCAACAAGUGCAAUCAGAAAUCUCGAGAAAGCGCAUCAACUUGAGAGUGUUGCUAAAGCUACAAAAGGAGAAAAAGAAUUAGUUGCUAUUGAAACAACUGAAGCACACCUUGUCUUGUUUAGUGAUGCAACAAGAGCAAAUAAAACUGAUGAAGCCAAUAAGCAACUUAAAAACGCAUUCAAUGUCAUAAAACCGUUCAUGAGCACUGAAAUCGAAGAAUUAGAACUGGAAUUCAGAAAAUCAUUAGCGAUAGCUCAUAUUUUCAAUAUCAAACAAAUGUUUGUUGAAGCCAUUCCUCAUUUCGAUUCCGGAGUCAACGCUUUUUUCGAACUUUACCCAGAUUACUCAGAAUCUCAUGCCCAACUUGCCAUUGAAGCUGCUGAGAAUGCGGAGUUCGUUAGAGACACAGAUAAUAACGCUGUUCACACAAAAUUCUAUUAUUAUAAAUUAGCUUAUGACAUUUACAAGAAACUCGGCAUGGAAGAAGAAGCAAAAGAAAUAGAACCAAAGCUUCCUAAAGAAGGAGAGUACACAGAGACAGAACAAUCAGUUCCUCCAACGGAUUCACAUUAUGAAGAGGAAGAAGAGUUUUACGAAGAAGAAACAGGAAAAGAAACAACAACAGAACAAUAUUAUGACACAGAAACAUAUCAAACACAAGAUUAUAAAUCUUACCAAUACAAACCUCCUUCAAAUGAUGAAGAUGAUGACAAGAAGAAUGAAGAAGAAGAGAUGAUGAACGAAAAUCCUCAAAAUGAAUCUCAAGAAAGAAAAUUAAAUGAUAAAGAAGAAGAAGAAAAUCAAAGUAAAGAUGAUUUUGAAAAAGAUUCAUUGCAAGAAAAUCCAAAAGUUGAAAAGGAAGAAAGCCAAGAAAAUUUUGAGAAGGAAUCUAAUCAGGAAAGUCCUAAAGUUGAAAAGGAAUAUUCUAAAGAUGAUUUUGAAAAUGAAUCAAAUCAAGGAACUCCUAAAGCUGAGAAAGAAGAAAGCCAAGAAGAUUUUGAAAAGGAAUCAAAUGAAAGCAAUCAUGAAACUCCACAACCUUCUCCUCAAAACAAAGAUGAGGAGGAAGAAGAUGAUUUUGAAGAUGAUUUUGCUUAA